UCAGCUAAAGUAGCAGGAUUGUUCGUUGUGCGGAAAAAUUCGAAACGUUUUCUCCGACAUUUUCCGGUGAAUUCAACAUCCUGCCCUCGAAAAUCACACCUCAAGCUGCCACAGUAUGAAUCCUUCUCGCAGUAAGGCGUCAUCCAGCAGCUCGGAAGGCGAACAAUCGACCGAUGAUAUUUGGGACGAUACACUUAUUAUUCGGAAUUACGAUGAGUCGCUCGCUAUGGUAAGAGAGGAAGUCGCCAAAAGGCUGGCCAUGAAGACCAACAAAAAGAUGAUGGCUAAAGCGUCUAAGGCGGGGUCACAGGAUCAGCAGCAGCAGUCACAAGCGUCCACAUCGGAUCAAGUAAAGCAAGAAGCGGAAGGAGAGUCAUCCGGGGUUGAAAAUUCCUCGGCAGAAAAGGGUGCGUGUGAAACGGGAAAUAAACCUUCGUAUCAGGUCGCAGAUUACUGCCGCGCCACGUAUGACGACGGCGUCGAUUAUGAGGCCAAAAUCUUGGCGGUCGACAAAUCCGGCGAUGCUCUGAUUCGGUACGUUGGCUACAACAAUGAACAGACUGUCACCAUGGAGGAUCUGGUACCGUCGUGGGGACGCAAAGCACGCCGCAAGCAGCGUGAAGAUGCUGCCGAGCUUGCAGCAGAAGAGGACACACACCGAAUGGACAUAAGCGACGACGAACAUAAGCUAACGGAUAAAGCCAACAAAAUCCGGAUCAAUUUCGAUCCCAACUUCCGGGUGCCGAAAGCGGGUCCAUCGAAGGCGGCUUCUUCGGGUUUCCAUGCCGGAAUGGGGGCUUCGUUCAUGGUUCCACCUCCGCCACCGAUGCCACCAAUGCUGGAAGACGAUGACGAUCUGGAGUCGGAAAAUUUGUCCGCCAUGCUCAUGUCCUGGUACAUGAGCGGUUACUACACGGGACUCUACCACGGGCAGAAAAUGUCUCAGAAGCGAGCGCGGCCGUCCUAGGAAGUAUUGCUUUGAUUAUCUAUCUCAUAAGUUUCUCUAUGCUUUUUUGAUUUAAAUGACCUAGCAUCGUAGGGAUUUUCUGUAAGGAGUUGAACUGGAAGUGAAUUUUUUUUUUCUUUUAUGAAUAAGAGAUCUGUUUUUUUGGAAGUAAAGCCAGUCUUUUGUUUCAAAAGUAGAGGAGACGAAUAUAUAUAAAUGCAGGA